AUGGCGGCGGAACGCGGGCGCCCGUGGGUGCAGGCGCGCAGUGCGUACGGCGCGAGCGAGGCGCUGCGACGGGCCGUUGGCCGCCGGCGGGACCACGGGCCGCAGCCCAAAGGGCCGGGCCCUGAAGAAGCCCGCGCCCCGGGACGCCUGGCUCGCCUGCGGGUCCAGCUCCGGGCGGAGGCGGCGGCGCUGGCCGACGCGCCUCGGCUGCUGCGGCUGGUGGAGCGCGCGGGGGCCGCGGCGGGGGAGGCCCGGGCGCCGGGGGCCGGGGAGCGAGCGGACGCGCGCAGCAGCGGCUCCGUGUGCUCCGUGUGCGGGGAGCCGCGCGGCGGGGCCACCUACCCGGCGGGCGUCCUGGAGGUGAGCGAGCGGCGGCUGCAGGAGGGCCUGGCGGCUGUGCGCGCCGAGCUGGGCGCGGGGCUGGAGGCGCUGCGCGCGGAGCUGCGAGCGGAACUGGACGCCCUGCGCGAGCUGCUGCCGCCCCCGCCGCCGCCGCCGCCACCGCCUGCCGGCCGGGAGCCCCGCCCGGGCCUGGACCCACUCACCUAG